AUGGCAACAACAACCUCGAACCCGCUCCCGCUCCCCAUCCGCCUCGCGCAAACGCUCGGCAUCACCACCUCCCUCGUCCUCGCCGGCACCAGCCUCUCCACAUCCACCACGACCAUCCCCCGCCUCCUCGAGUCCCCGCCGGCGCUCCUCCUCCAGCAGUGGCGCCACAUGUACGCGGCCGGGCGGGCGACGGCUCCGCCCGUCGCCGCCGUCGCGGCGCUGUCCUACUUCUUCCUCGCGUACCGGGCGCGCAGCGGUGCGGGCGCGGGUGCGGGUGCGGGUAUGUAUGUCGCGGCCGGGCUGCUGAGCGUGGGCAUCGUGCCGUACACGUUUGCGGUUAUGAUGCGUACGAAUCGGCGACUGCUGGGGAGGGCGGCGGAGCUUGGUGUCGAGGUGGAGGGGGAGGGGGAGGAGAGUGCCCAUCAGCUGGUUGAUCGGUGGGGGGUGCUGAAUCUGGGGAGGGCGGCUAUGUUGCUUGCUAGUGGCCUGCUAGGCGUCUGGGGGGUUGUGGGAUAG